AUGUCGCAAACGUUGACGUUAACACAAAGUCGUGGCCUUAAGUACUUUUUCUUUGCCGCCAUAUUUGUCUCACGGCUCGUGGGUGUCAUCAAUUAUUCGUACGAUUUGAAGCGCAAAAAAUUUGUGCUGCCCUCAAAAUCUCAACAUUUUUAUUGCGCCGCCUUACACAUCAUCUAUGUCUUGAUAUUGCCCUGGGCAUUAAUGUCAUCGUAUGUUAGAGAGGCCGCCUUUGAGCAGAAACCAUUUUAUAUAUUGCUGAAUGUGGCCAUAACAGUUUUGCGUUUGCCAGCCUUAUUUUUAACCCUAUUGGGCACUUGGCUGGCUAGGAAGAACAUGUUAAAUGUUAUUUACCGUUUUGAGGCUUUGCGUUUACAUUACUUUCAGCUGUUAAGUGAAGCGAAACGUCGCGAUAUAUUGCAGCACAAUGACAUUUUAAUCUAUUUGAAGCUAUUUUCUUCGGCCAGUUUAAUUUUCACAUUUUUUAUGCGCAUUUUUAUAUUUAUUGAGAAACCCUCCAAGGAGUUUGUGUUUUACACUGUGUACUUUGGAAUUUUGGAGACUUUGAGUAUUUUUAAAAUGAAUUUCUUUUAUUGCUGCAUGUGUUAUGCCAACUGUGUGAUACGCUAUGUGCGCGAUGAGCUGUUUGAAGAGCGUCAUAAAAUACAGGUGCUGAGAGUGCAGGAACUAUUGCGAAUUUAUAGGGAAGUCAGAAGUUUGGUUAAGGAGAUACGUAAUAUAUUUCAAUGGGAAAUAUUAAGCAUUACUUUGGCUGCUAUGGUGGCCUUGAUUGCCUUAUUAUUUAGCUUCAUCAUCAGGUGGCAGAAUUUUGAGAAUGACGAGGAUGGUGAGAUUUUGUGUACUCUGGUCUUAUUGUUUGGUUUGAAUGCUGCCUUUGUGAACAUUUUGGAUAUUCUGCUAAUUGCGUUUGUAUGCUGCAACACAAUUAAGUGCACUAGACGUAUAAGAGAUGUCCUGCUAAUGAUAAAUAUAGAAAUGGAAUUGCCACAUCAGGAAGAGUUGCAAAAAGAGCUAAACUUAUUGGCCCUACAAUUUUCCACCAAUCUGCCGUAUGUCAAUGUUUGUGGCCUCUUCAAUUUGACAUCGGCUAUGACGUUUAGGAUUUUGAAGGGAACAUUAACAUAUUUAAUACUUUUAGUGCAAUUUGAUUAUAAAAAUUGGUGA